AUGGCCACACCAUCCUACCAGUCCAUGGUGCAGCACAUCAGCCUGUCAGUCCAUGGUGCAGCACACCAACCUGUCAGUCCAUGGUGCAGCACACCAGCCUGUCAGUCCAUGGUGCAGCACACCAGCCUGUUAGUCCAUGGUGCAGCACACCAGCCUGUUAGUCCAGGGUGCAGCACACCAGCCUGUCAGUCCAUGGUGCAGCACACCAGCCUGUCAGUCCAUGGUGCAGCACACCAGCCUGUCAGUCCAGAGUGCAGCACACCAGCCUGUCAGUCCAAGGUGCAGCACACCAGCCUGUUAGUCCAGGGUGCAGCACACCAGCCUGUUGCAGCCACAGCAGCAGCAGCAGUGCCAGUCAUGUGA